AUGGUUGGAAAUGAAGAAAAGGAUAUUAGCCAGAAGAAUGGUUUUACGAACGGUAUACUCAAAAACCCAUCGAUAAAUUCAUUAGAUUAUUUGUCUAAUAUUAUGGAACUGGACAUGAGCAAUGGUAAAAUACAAAAUCUUGAUAAAAAUAUUGAAUUACCUUCAAGGUUGAUCCAUUUGAACUUGUCCAACAAUAAAUUGACUGAGGUGCCUACUAAUGUGCUCAAACUGGAUAACUUGAAAUCCUUAGAUAUUUCCUUCAACUCGAUUGUGUUUUUCGAUGAUAUACCAAGUUUCUGCCAUAGUAUUGAAAAGCUUAACUUAUCUAAUAAUUGCCUAAAUGGUCCACCACUCUGGGUGUGGACUGAAAAGCCUAUAAACUUAAAAUAUUUAAAUAUCAGUAACAACAAAGAUUUAUGCUCCACCUUUACAGAUAGUUAUUUAGAUGAAUUAUCUCAGUACAAAACUCUAGUCAAUGAAAUAGAUAUUCAUAAUUGUAGAUUAGGUAAACAUGUGAAACUGCUGGCCUCAUUUUGUCACACUAAGGUGAUUACUCUUGGGAAUGAGGAGUAUGUGCACCGCCUUGUGAACAACUUGGAUCACUUACCAUGUGUUGGACUGGAGAACUGCAAGGAUGUAGAAAUAAUGAAUCUCACCAAUACACAGUUGUUCCACAUUUACCCUAGUAUUGAUAUUUACACUAAUUUAAAAGAAUUAAAUCUCUCACAAAAUAAUUUAAACAGUUUACCAAAUGAAUUCUGCAAAUUGGUUAAGUUGGAGACUUUUGUAAUGUCAUAUAAUAGACUGCUCUACCUGCCUGACAAUAUGUGUGAAUUAACUAAUUUAGUCACACUGCAAUUAGAUAAUAACAAACUAUGUAUGCUACCGGAAAACUUGCUUGAAUUACCUAAUCUCAGGAUCUUAGAUUUGUACAAUAACAACUUAUAUGAAGGACCAAGCAAUGUGAAUUUGGAAGAAGUGGAUUUAGCUCAUAAUCACUUUGAUGAGCCUGACAGUGAAGACUAUUUGAUGAAGAAAAAAAAGUUGCGAAUAGGUAAACUCGAUAGGAAAGAUGGCAGAAAAGUAGAAGAGAUCAGUGAAGAAUGGGAGAAAACCUCAUCAUCCAGUGACGAGGAAGAGCUUAAUGACUUAUCAAAUGAUAAAUUUAUACAAGAUGACCAAAAAGAUGACCGAGCUAGCUCUCCUGAAGAUUGGGACUCUGAUGAAUAUUGGAUUCCUCAGUACUACAAGCCACCUUCUCCGCCGCAGUCACCCUGGCUGUAUUUCGUCAAAAAGAAAAUGAAAGAGGGGAAUUUCUGUCCAAUGGAUGCACACACCAUUUCAAUUUCAGAAUUAGUAAAGUAUGACCAACUGUACAAUCCUCAUCUUGUACACAGCUUGGAUUGGAACUCUGAUAAUUAUUCCGAUGAUGAUAGCUGA